AUGAUUAAGGCCUACUAUCGGCCCAGCACCGCACGAGUUCUGGUCCACAACAAUCUCUCUCAGUCGUUCGAUAUCCGGUCCGGUGUCCGACAGGGCUGCGUCCUUUCGCCCAUUCUGUUUAACUACGUAAUUGACUGGAUUCUCGGCAAGGCCCCACAUGAAGAGGACGGUGUUGAACUUGCACCCGGACGCCGACUAACUGCACAAUAG